AUGUCCUCACUGACCUCCCUCAUCCUCAUCCAUGAUCCAAGUUCCUCACGUUUCCAAGAUCCCGAGAGGCUAGAACCUGUGACCAGAUCCCAUGAUCAGCGACAACGGACGAUUGCUGAGGAGGAAGGGCCGCAGGUGCAAGCUCCUUUCCAAUCACCCGACGGGGCAACUGGGCGUAUGGGCAUGGCAGAUGGGUAUCCACCCAUCCCAUACUGCAGAGACUUAAUCCUUCCUCCACUCCCAGGAGGCGUCAAUGCAUUGGCGCAUGAUGCGCAUGAUAGCUCUAGUGCAAUGACUGACCCGUUCACUGAUCACUUAACACGGGUCAUGAGGAGCCUAGCCGAAUGCUGCUGCGCCACUUGCCGCUUGCAGAGGUCGAAGGCAAUUAGCGAUAGCGAGUCUCGUUGGAUGGCCGCAGAAGCAGUCACCAGAUACACCAGGUCACCAGAUCACCAGCAAGUCACCAGAGAGCAAGGCAUCUGCACUGCUCGUCUCCAUUCUUCCACCGCUCCACGUUCGACCCUUGCCGCAACACUCUCUCCGCGUUCUCAGGUCUCUCCGGUGGUUGCUUCUCUCGCCCAGCUCUCUCCGGCUUCUCCGACCUCUUCAACUCUCCUUCUCUCCAACUUCUCCAGCCUCUCCCCCAAAUCUACCGGCACAGUAAUCCCAGUCUUCCCAGCUCCUUUACUCCCUACAUCUUCUUCACUCCCUCGACCUCCCUUACCUCCGCAGCACUGCCCGUAUCUCGUAUCACCCGCUAUCCUCCCUCUACAUCAUCAUCUCCUACCGUACCACUACCACACCACUGGCCGACUGCAACUGAUCACUGAACUAUCACCAUCCGCAUCGACGACUGAUGCCGCGCACGAACAGCGGUCGAACCGUGUUCCUUCCCAACCCGCCGGGCUGGGCGGGGGCGACAUUACCAUCCCACCCGGCUUCGAAGGUGCCCGAUCUUGGGAUCCCGAGCGAGCGAUUGAUGUUAUAAUGAACAAGGCGGAACAGCGAGAGCGCGAACGGGUAUCGCUCCGGGGCAAAACCGCAGAGGAGAUGAUGGACCAGCUCACUGCGGAAGCUCUUGCGGAGAUGAUUGAUGAGGACGAAAGAUUGUACGAGAUGGCGGUCCAGGAGAAACCGAAAAUCGGGCAGGGUUUCAAGAACGAGGCGAAGCUCAAGCUGGAGAAUGAGGUCAAGCUCGCCGAAAUGCUCCCAGAGUGGGGGAGACUGCCCGACGUUGUGCGCAGCCAGACUCGGCGCAUCUACGCCCACGCUUUGCACCUGACGGAGACUCCGGAAACGAAGAACAGCUUCAUUCAGUUCGUUGAGGAGUACAGGGACCCAAUCGUAGCCAUGCUCAUUACUCGAGCCAAAGUUCGGGGAAUAGUAGCCAUGAAAGAUGACUCUGGCUAUCUUGUCCCCGCUUUCUGGCUCGGCUCGUUCGGCCGGUUGGUUCGCCUAAGGGUGCCAUGCCGGGCUGGUCCCAACGGUGAAGUCGAAGCCGUGUUCGCCUACUUGUAUCACGCACUUGAUUGCAACCCCUUAACAAAGUUUAUUUUUGAGGGAUUGAAGAAAGGAGUAAACCUAACUUAUUACCGGUUGAUGCUGUUCCUGGCCAUGUUGAGUUGGAAGGAGAGCGACGAGUGGCGCGACUCCGACGACCAAUGCGUGUACGCGCUCACGCCCUCCGACAUAGACAAGAAUGUACUCCAGCGUAUUCUGGAAGAAGGAGUAGAGACAGCAUUCUCACCCGAUCUUUUGUGGCUGUAUGCAGGUCUGACUCUCAUGCUUGCGCGUCGUGGCAAGCAGCACCUGUCUGAGAGUGUGAAACCUGUGAACCGUCGUAUGCGGGCAACGCGCGCCUCCUUUCCCAACUUGAGUCGCUGGACUUUGGCACCCGUCUUUGCCUUCGCCGACCCGAUUCCCAUGUUGCCGCUGCAUUUCUUAGAGCACUUCGUGCUCGCAGCUUUCGGGUGCACGGAUCUCACGUCACGCGGGAUCAAUGUGAACCUGUUCGAUUCGUUUACUAGGGAAUGCCUGGUGACUAGCAAGAUGGUCCUGAAGAUUCUCGUGGCUGUCGAGCGCCUUCUGGAGAAGUAUCCCAACUCUGGUUAUUGUUGGCCCAUUGCCGAUGAUAAGGCUGCCUGGGACGCCUUCCUGGAGCCUGCCUACCCGGACGGUAUUCCCUGCACACCCGUUCGCAUGUCCAUCAUCCUCAGCGGCGUGGAACGCUCCCACCUUCACUCCCUCGUGGUCAUUCCCAAAGUCACAGCACUCUGCGAGCGACGUCGCACCGGAAGUUUCUCUCGCGGAGACGACGAUACCAUGAUGAUGAUUCCUACCUCGUUGCAGCAUCUCAGACUGCACAAGACACCAGCGACACCAUCCUUCUCGGACUCGAACCCGGCCAACAUCCUCCAAGAUCUCUGCAAGGCCUUCCACCCACUGCUGAUUGAAGAACUAGCGGAGAAAACGACAUCUCGGGACCGCCCUCGCGACCGCACGAGCCCCCCUACCCUGGAGUAUCUCUCAAGCUCUCUAUGCGGGCACGUUCGGGCCGCCUUGACAAAAUCGUCGGCGGCUCCUAGUGGCCAGGAUAGGCCGAAAAGUCUCGGCGAGUCUGUGGUUACCAUCCCUAACUUUUGGCGUCCCGCCGUGUAUCGAGCCCUCGCAGAGAAGUUUGAGACUUUCCCCCCCAAAACCCAAGAUUCCUCCUACGCGGAUCUACUCCUGGCGUUCAACAACGCCGGCGUUGUCGUUCCAAUGGGCGAGGAGUUAGACAGCCCCUCCAUGAGCAUCCACAUCUGCAUCGACGCCAAGAACGCAUGGCGUAUAAUACAGGAUAUUAUCCGCCUUCACCACUUUCUGCACCCCUCCUCCACGUACUACUCCCGUUCGCGGCGUAGGAAAGAGGAAUUCGUUCCCGUGUCCAAGCUGAGCACAUUCGACUGGACAAGCAUUUUCGACCCGCCCUACCUCAAUUACCUCGAUGCUCUCGACUCCCUCAUCCCUUUCUCGGCUCUUACGUCCGUUCCUAGCAAGCGAAAGUUAGGCCCCAAGCCUAACACCGCGUCGCGCCGUCAAAAGAAGGCCCACACCGCCAGCAAAACCGCCAAGACCCCUAACGCACCGGAUACCGAUGCUAUCUCUGUGGGUGUGUUUGCAGCUGGCCCGAGUGCCGGUGCGGGCAGCCAGCACACCGUUAGCUCGUCUGCCCUCGACCAUGCCACCCUAUCUCGUGGCACGAGCCGCAAGACUCCGUCGACUUCACCACGUACCAGCGACCAGCCCAGCACGACCUAUGACAGCGACUCGUCUGACGUUGUCGUUCUCUCUGGUCCGCCGCAGCCUUCGCCGUCUCGCUCGAGCUCCAGUGGUUAUACGGGUAAGGGAAAGGGGAAGCAGAGGGCGUAG